AGUGGUCAGUAAAGAAUUUUAAACCACAUUUUGGACAAUACAGAAAAACAAACCAAAAUAUUUACACUCACACACACACACACAUACACAUGCACAAAUACAUAAAAACACACAUGCACACAUACACACAAACAUAUGCACACACAUAGAACUACACUUAAACAUGCACAUGCUCCCACAAAAUCCAUUAAUACCACCACCACCACCAUAACAACAACAACAACAACAACAACAACAGCUGCAAGAAUCAGUGCAUCAUCAACAACAACUACCAUAGUCACGAAACAAUGACGAUCGAUAACAACAACAACAACUGCAACAAUAAAAAGAAUAACAACAACACCACCAUCACCACCACCACCAACAACAACAAUAAUGAUGAUAUAAAUAAUAAUAAUAAUAAUAAUAAUAAUAAUAACAUCAACAUCAACAAUAUGAGUAGCAACAACAACAAUAAUCACAAAACAACAACGAUCAAUAACAAUAAAAAUAAUCGCAACAACAAUAACGAGAACAACGACAAACAACAACAGUAACAAUAAAAGCAACAUACCAACAACAACAACAACAACAACAGCAACAAAACGGUAAGGAAAGCAUAUAAAGAUCAGAGCGGUGUCAUCUAACAUGGCACUACCCCCUACCCACUCCCUCCACCACUUGACCAAGAUCGGAAUAAACAAGGAAUCCUACUUCACACUAAAAGACGAAGCUUAAACUUGCUGGAUUCUAUAUUCCUCCCGUCAGCUGGAUAGUGGCGCUACCGAAGUUGGGUCCAAUUUUGGGUAUAUAAACCUUGAAACUUUGACUUGCUCCUUAAAUUGAAUCUGAUGACCAAACUCUCAGCACUGAUUAUGUCUUCUAAACGCAAAAAUACACCCACCAAGCUCUAUAAGGAUAACAUAAUACUUGAGCGGUUACAUUCUGACACAUCCGAAUGUGAUAACAGCAAUUUAGACAGCGAAGGCGAAACUGAAAUAAACUAUUCGGCACGUUUUCUCUCGAAAUCUGAUAGUAGUGAAGAUUUUCAUGAUUCCGACAGCGGUUCGGACAAGCCGCCAAACAAGAAGCAACGAAUUCUUCAAAGUAUAAGACACGACUCGGAAUCCGAGCCCGAAACUGAACUUCAACAUAACGUCACAACAAAACCCAACGCUGGGCUGCAUCGAAAAUCCAUGGAAAGCGUAUUGCAAAGACUCAACUCCAAAUCUCCUGGAGUUCAAAAUUCUGACAUUGAGCGAACAAGUCCGCUCGGAAGCGCUGACCACGAAGGAGGAGUGCUGGAAAAUGUCAGUGCUUUACUCCGAGGAAAAGGGUCCAUACAAGAUAAAUCAAAGAAAAUCGUUGAUAUGAUUUCGCAACUCCAGAAAGUGAACGAAAGCUUGAAAAAACAAGGCGAAAAUAUCAGGACAGAAGAUAGUAACGGUACAGCUCAAAAGUCAAGUGCACCAGUUUCAACGCCUGUGAUUAGUCAGUCAUGUUCUUCAUCGAAAAUCUCCUCACCAAUCAGCGUGGAAUCACGCCGCGUCUCAUCUUCUCCUCACAUUGCUACCUCACCAUACCACUUGACCGCAGCAUCAAUACCCAGAACAUUGCCUUCCCCGAGUCUUCAGCACCAUAGUCCUGUGUCAUCUCCUCACGCCAAUCCUGCAAUGGCCACCACUGCUACGGCUGUACAGGCCAACAACAUCUGGGCAAACAACUCAACCGGAUACAACUCGUCCGUCGCAGUAGCAGCAGCAGCUGCUGUUGCUGCCGCUGCUGCUGCCGCUGCCAGUGACCAAGACAUGCCCUUAAAUCUGUCCAAGCCAAGAUAUGAAAUGAAGCUGGAGAAAUCUUCAUCCGAAGACUCUGUAAAUCUGAGUGCCUCUCAGUCAAAGGUAGAAGCUAUUAUAACUCCACCCCCCGCUCAUAGUAACCAUCAACAACGUCUGCCAUUAACAUCUUCCCCUACAGAAAUGUCCGCUUUGGUUGGUAGCCGGACACCUUUUGGGGUUGCUCCACCGCCUCAGUACGUGAGCAGCCCGUACCUUGGUCUUCCUAACCAUGCUGCAGUUCCUGUUGGACUGUCCCUCAAUAAUCUUUCACCACAUACAACAAGUUUAAAUGGGAAACCUUCACCGUCGGAAUCAGAAAAGGAUUUCUUCUAUUCACAGGACAGUUUGGUCCAAGAGGUUCUCGUCAGACAGCUCUCUCAGUCUGUUAACAACCAAGUAUUUCCAAUGCACUUACCCAUGUAUGCAGUUCCAUCAACAACAAUGCCACAAUUAUCGCAGCUGGCUGCAUGCAAAGACAACAGGGUUAUGAUGCCAGCAGAGAUGGCCCAUGAAGAGAAUCACACCUAUGUCCAACAUUUGCAGAGCAAAAUGUUUGGUGCCAAAAUCAUCCGUGCUCAUAAAGAGAAGCCUGACCCAAGCAAGCCCCAUGUAAAACGACCAAUGAAUGCAUUCAUGGUGUGGGCAAGAGAAGAGAGAAGGAAAAUUCUGAAAGCAUGUCCUGACAUGCAUAAUUCUAACAUUAGCAAGAUUUUGGGGGCCAAAUGGAAAGCUAUGUCUAAUGCUGAGAAACAACCGUAUUAUGAAGAACAAUCUCGUCUAAGCAAGUUACAUAUGGAGAAACAUCCAGAUUACCGGUAUCGACCAAGGCCAAAAAGAACAUGCAUAGUAGAUGGGAAGAAACUGCGGAUAUCAGAAUAUAAAGCUUUGAUGAAAAGUCGAAGACAAGACAUCCGACGAGUUUGGUACAAUGAAAGUGGAACAACUUAUGUGGAAGAUGUGGCAAUGCUGAACAAAUCUCUAGGAAAUGAAAUUUCGUUAGAAAAUAGUAAAUAUGGCACUCUUUGGCCAGGAAGUGAAAAUAGCUCACCCUAUGACACCAACCAAUUACUAGGGUCCAAUAUGUCUGGUAAAGAUGGCAAAGAUUCAGAAUUCCAGGGUAAACUCAAAUCUGAUGAAACAAACAGUGAAGAUGGAGAUGGCAGCGACAUUAACGAUAUUAUGUCCGAUGUGAGUCUGGACGCUUCAUACAGCACGGCUGGCAGCAAUAGUUCACACAUGCAGCUCGGCGAAGUUGCAGCAUCUGUAUCAUAGCCAACAACAUCAAUACACAACAGAACCUGAAUUUAAUAGGACUGACUGUCUGUCUGUCUGUCAGUGUGUGUGUGUGUGUCUGUCCGUCUGUGCUCUCUGAUUUGACAAUAUGGCCCAAGGUGACUGAAACUCUGAGCAGGCCAUGACAAAAAAGUAGGGAAAAACAUGACAUUUGGAAAGAAAAAAAAAGAUAAAAUAUUGUAUAUGUGUGUGUGUAUGUAAGUAUAUAUAUAAAUAUACAUACAUCUAUAUAUAUGUAUGCAUAUAUACACACACAUUAACAGAUUUGUACAUUCACAUGUAUGUGCAAGCAGAAAUGCCUAUAUAUAUAUUUACAUAUAUAUUGACAGAUCAUCCAUAUAUAUAUAUAUAUAUUCUUCCAGACUAUUGGAACUGGUUUCUUCUAUUAAACAAACAAACAAAUAAAUGAAAGAAAUUUAAGAAAUUAAGUAAUGAUGAUAAUAAUAAUAAUUAUUAUUGGUAUUAUUAUUAUUAUUAUUAUUAAAACAAUUGCAAUUAUAAACAAAAAAGAUUUAUAAGUGGACAAAGAGAUGAUUGGAAAUGGAAAAGAAUGUUAAACUUUAAAAAGAAAUCUAAAUAAAUAAUAUCAAUAAAUUAUAAUAAAAAUAAUAAAAUUAAUGAUAAUAAUAAUAA